AAUCGAAUCACCGAUGGACAUCACUUAAAUCGAUCUGGCAGCGGCGCGAGGCGGCUGCUGCUGGCGCCGUCCACCUCCUGCGCCUCUCAUGCUUCUCAGCCCCACCGCCCACCACCAUGACGCACCUCCACCUCAACGUCCUCUCUACCCUUUCCCGUCUCCUCCAACGCCGACCUCGGCAAGCACGCCGUCGAAGUCGUCCAUCUGCAGACGCCUCUCCUGCGUUCUCCUCUAACACCGCAGUUAGCACUCCCAUCACCGCCACCUCCCCGUGCUCCUCGUCAUCCCCUCCACUCCUCCCCAUCUCCUUUGUUCCCAGCCACCACAAGUACGCCGCCGGCGCCAUCAGUGCCACAACGCCUCUCCUACCUCCACCCUUUAUUGAUCCAGCAGCCGUACUUCCCACUCCCACCACCUCCACUUCCUCAUCGUCGUCUCCUCCGACACUGACCUCCGCAGCUAUUUCUGAAUUUCAGGGUUGUGGCAGCAAGGGCGAGGUGCAUGAUAGUGACACAAAGAUGGGCGAGCACGGGGAAUGUAGGAACGUGCAAGGUGUUGUGCCGCAGUUACUGUUGCAAGGAUGACUAUGGCGGCAACUGUUUGCACAAUAACUAAUUCAUGGCAUAGGUGAGGAUGAUAUUUUUUAUUUAUCAGUAGUCAUAUUUGUCAGAUUAAGAUCCACAUGUAAUCAUUCCAGCACCUCGUAUCAUAAGAACUAGCCUAAAAUGAUUAUGCUUGAUCUUUUAAGCCAGUUGGUAUUUUUUUACAGAAAAUAUUUUUCACCAAGGAAGGUAAUUAUAAUAAGCAUCAGCGUCAGCAUGAUUUUUUUAAAGAUAAACUGAAGUAUGUUAAAAUAUAGUCAGGAGAUCCUGAUCUUACUAAGUGCAGAGUUCCCCAAGAAUAUAGUCAGAACAU